AUGAUCAUCCGUGUAGAAGAACAUAGAUGUGCCAAUGCCGUGUCCCAUAUGCUUGAGGACCUGAUUGCUUUCCAGGCCAGCCCCAACGAUGCCAGGAUUGUGACCGUCUCUGCCGAUCCUCCGAUGCCUGUUAUGCAGCACACAAAGCCCUCACUGGAAACCAAGAGUUUUCACUUUGCGAUAGGAGUAUACCAGUGCAGGGACUGCUGCCAAGUGAUCCGGAGGCGGGAUUGCCCUAAAGAUCUGCAUAAGUGCGGUACCACCAAAUGUCCGUCUUGCGGCCAGUUUGUCGUGGCUGCUGAGCACCUCUGUUAUUUGCGUCGUGUUGCUCCGAAGAAGUCCGAGGACAAGUUCAUCUUUUUUGACUUUGAAACGGACCAGUCUUCGGGGGAGCAUCUCGUAAAUUUCGCGGUGGCUCAGUAUGCCGACGGCACUGAAAAGGUGUUCCCGGGUUACGAAGCAUGCCAAGAUUUCUGCGUAUGGCUGUUCUCUACAGAGCACAAGGGCUUCACCGCCGUGGCACACAACAUGAAAGGGUUCGAUGGGCAGUUCGGGAUGGCCUGGCUCCUGGAGCAAGGCACAGCGCCGGAGGUGAUCCCUAACGGGUCUAUGAUCAUGAGUGUAAGACACCCCAGUCUCAAUAUUCGGGUCAUAGACUCGUUAAACUUUUUACCGAUGGCGUUGGCCAAACUACCGGGGUGCUUCGGUCUCAGCGAGUUAAAGAAAGGAUACUUCCCUCAUCUCUUUAACUCGAGGGAAAACCAGAGUUAUGUCGGACCGCUACCGGACCCCCACUAUUACAGCCCGGAUACCAUGAGCACUUCAGCCCGACAAGCAUUUCUGUCCUGGCAUGAGGAACACAAGGGGGAUGUGUUCAAUUUUCAAGACGAGAUGCUGGCCUAUUGCAGAUCGGACGUGGAUAUUCUUCGCCGCUGUUGUCUGGAGUUUCGAGCCCAGUUUUUGGAUGUGGCGGGUGUGGAUCCAUUCCAAUACGUGACCAUUGCGUCAGCGUGUAUGGCAACGUAUCGGAGUGGCCACAUUCAGCCCAACACGAUUGCCAUGGUACCCACACACGGCUACGUCAACUCCACGAAUUACAGCCCUGAUUCGAUCCGGUGGUUGGACUUUGUUGCUGCUUCGGAAGGCAUUGCCAUUCAACAUGCGUUGAAUGGUUCCGGAGAGCACAGAAUCGCCGGAAUCUCGGUAGACGGUUUCUGCCAAGCAACUCAAACCGUCUAUCAGUUUCAGGUAAGAAAAUAUAACCAUUUCUUUUUCUAUGUGAUUCUUUUUUAAUGAUUUUACACUUUUAAUGUUAAUUUACAUGUGGAACACUAUU